AUGCUGGCUGGUGCUCACAUCUCUGCUCUCCUCUCCCCUGCUCCAGCGUUUACCUUCUAUCAGAAACGAGGCUCUCCCCUGGGUGACUCGGUAGGAGCGGCUGCCCUCCUGAGCAAUGGCCCCUACGUGCCACAGUGUGAUGCAUUCGGGAGCUGGGCGCCCAUGCAGUGCUACGCCAGGACCGGACACUGCUGGUGUGUGGACGGAAAGGGAAUGUACAUCCCUGCCUCGCUGGCCGCCCGCUCCCCACAGACCCCCCAAUGCCCCACGACCUGUGAGCAAUCUCGAGCCAGUGGGCUAAUUUCUAGUUGGAAACAGGCUGCAUCUCAAGGAAACCCAUCUCCAAAAGACCUCUUCAUCCCAACCUGCCUGCAGACAGGAGAGUAUGCCCGGCUGCAGGUGUCAGAGGCCAGCACCUGGUGUGUGGACCCAGCAUCAGGAGACAGGAAGCUACAGGGCACAGACAGCAGUGCCCAAUGCCCAAGCCUCUGCGAGGCGCUCAGGAGCAGAGUCCUCUCGAGGAGAGCUGGCACAGGCUACAUCCCGGCCUGUGGGACAGGAGAUGGGCACUUCUCCCCAGUGCAGUGUGACCCAGCCAGGGACAGCUGCUGGUGUGUCCUGGGCAGUGGAGAGGAGGUGCCUGGGACACGUGUGGCCGGGAACCAGCCCGCCUGUGAAAGCCCACAGUGCCCACUCCCGUUCAGCAUGGAGAGUGUUGUUGGUGGAGCUGUCCUGUGUGAAGAGGUCUCGGGCCAGGGAGCCGCCACUGUCCAGCUGUGCCUGCUGAGGUGCCGCCAGGGCUACUGGAGUGCCUUCCCACAGAGGCCCCUGGUGUGCCGUGUGGAGAACCGAAGCUGGGAGGCAGAGCCACCCCAGCCCCGAGCCUGCCAGAGGCUCCAGCCGUGGCAGACUGUCCAGAUCGGAGCACAUUUCCAGCUCCUGCUCCCGCCGGGCAAGAUGUGCAGUGCUGACUACGCCGGCCUGCUGCAGGCCUUUCAGGUCUUUGUGUUGGACGAGCUGAUGGCCCGAGGCUUCUGUCAGAUCCAGGUGUGCCCCUGCCUUCCCCGCAUGAGGGUGUGGGUGGAGGUCAGCACCACAGUGCCAGAGAACCUCAUGGCUUAA